GUUCUUUCUCCACCCUCCCUCGUCCAGCCCUGCCGCGGCACGGUCUGCGUCCCCGUCUUUACACGGUCAUUUUGUUUUUGUUCCGUAUAAUUGGGUGUCGGUCCUGCCUGCUCUCUCCCCCUCCUGUUGACUGUUCAGCGCACUACCAUCUGUCCUGCUUUUGGCUCGAUUACUAUGAACUUCUACCAAAGUCAUGAUGUCGUGCUUCCCACUCGGGCCGGCCAACCACUCUCACCUAUAGCUGAGGAGCAACCACCCAAGGUCAGUUCCUUGGCGCGUCGUAUCCAUGGCUGGAGCUGGCAAGCGUUUCCCAUUGGUAUGGGUACCGGAGCGGUGUACGUCACUUUGUCCGGGCUGAAGGAGCACUCGAGCACCUUGACCCAUGUCGAGACGGUCUUCUACUUCUUGAAUAUGGCUCUCUUCCUCCUGAACAUCACGACUCUGGCAAUCCAGCUUGCUUUGUAUCCCAGGCAGGCACUCCGUCUCAUCAAAGACCCCGUGAAGGGCAUCUUCGUGCCUCUCGUAGUGCUUUCGUUCGCCACUAUCCUCAUUGGAACCGUCAAAUACGCCGUUCCGACCGGCCAUGUGCAUCCGGAUUUCAUCUACGCCCUCUUCUGGGUCUACGUGGCGUUUGCCUGCAUCGUCUGUUUUCCGAUGCUGAUGAUAUGGUUCAACAAGCCGCACGACCUUACCACUUUCACUCCUGCCUGGGCAUUCCUGGUUUUCCCAAUGAUGCUUGUCGGUGUGGUCGCAUUCAAUGUGCUAGAUGUCAUACCAUCGAACGACCAGCGCGCCAUCGGCGUCCUCCUCACAGGAUACGUCUUUCAAGGCCUCGGGUUCUUCAUGACCUUCUUCUACCUCUGCAUCUAUAUUAUCCGGAUCAUGACCACGGGGUUCCUGGACGGACACCAAGCAAACGGUGCUUUUGUGGCUGUUGGGCCCCCGGGCUUCACCGCACUUGCGCUCAUCAAGCUCGGUGCGAAGGCAAUGGAGAUUUUGCCGUUGCAUGGUCUCGUGAGUGCGAGUGCUGGCGAGAUCUGGUACUCGGCGUCCGUUAUGUCAGGCCUCAUGCUCUUCGGGCUUGCCGUGUUUCUGUUCCUCUUCGGUCUCUUGCCUUACUGGUUCAAGCUCCACAAGCACCUUCAUGAGAUCUUAGGAUGCUGGGCGCUGACGUUCCCUAAUGUCGGCUGGAUCUCCACUAUCCGCGUCCUCGGGGACAUCUUCGAGCUGCGGGGCUUCCACACCUGGCACCUCGUCAUGACCAUCCUCAUGUGCGCGGUCUGGCUGAUUCUCUUCUUCCUCACCGCAUGGGCCUUCGUCAAGGGCAAGAUCUUCAUGGCGAAGCCAGAGGAAGUCAUCCAGGACUCGGUCGAUCGCAAGAUGAGCUCGCAGACGGCUUCGGACCGGGGUUCCUCCGGAAGCGGUUACCACAAAGAAGCUCAUGGACGCGUUUAAUUUCCGGUCGUUCCUACGCUCUCGGACGUGCCUUGGCCUCUCCUUCUCCUUCACUCCUUCUAGUCCCGCGUGUGCGGAUAGAGCUGAGCUUCGGCGGGGGAGUGGGCGCACCGUGUCCCUGGGCGUGCUCGCAGCUGAUUGAUUGAGCAGGCCCGCGGUGUGCCUUCCCCGCGGCACUGGCUGUGCGCAAUUUUUCAAGGUUCAUGAUUUGGCUUGAUGACGAUUCGUACAGGACUGUGCGUAGACGACACGGACGCUCGGACGAUUGUCUACCGUAGAUAGAGUUCGGUCAGCAGCCUCGCAUACGCAAUAGAGCACCCACCCAUCACAAUUCCUUAGACCAUGGACAUACUACUUUCUCUAUAGACUUGCACACAUCGCUUUACAUCGGACACGUCUUGCUCGUAUAUUACCUUUCUGGACAUUUUGCGUUCAUCGUAUAGUCGUAGGCACACCACCUCCGUGAAGUGAAUACGCGUUUGC